AUGAAGCAAUUAAGUGUACCACUUGCGUUGCUCUAUACAUUGACUUUAUUGCCAUCAUUAGUAUGGUCCAUUCCUGCGUGGAAUGAAGUCAAUGGCCAUUAUCCCAAUGGCACACAAUGUCCCUUACCGACCUACUUUGAUUAUCCUUGUCCUCUAUUAUGUGUGAGAGAAGUUUCACAAUGUCCUCAAAGCUUGCAACCUUCCUGUCCACCUGGACAAACUUGGUGUGUUGACGGUCAAUGUCGUGAAUCAUGCCCUAGUGAUCUCGAAUCCAAAUGUGCCUGUCCUGGUGCACCGGCCUUGGUCGGUAACGUUUAUCCUUGUGCACCUAAUCAGCACGUCGACAUUCAAAACUUUGUGGCCAAUGAUAAGGAUGCUCUAAGCUUGAAAGCUUGCUCGGCUGAUGCUGGCUUGGAUGGUACUCCUGCUUGGGAAUCCAACCCUCAAUCGAUCAUGUGGGGCAACUGUCCUACGCCUGAUUAUGGCGCUUUGAAUUUCCAUGAACCUAUCUUUAUUGCUCUCUUUGUCUUCUAUGGCUCAUGCGCUGGUUUCUUGAUCAUCUGGACUUUAUACAAGUCGGCUCGUGAAAAGGUGAUUAAGGCGAACUAUCACAAAAUUCGUGAGCGCCGUAUGGAAGAAUAUCGUGAGCGAGCUUCCGAUUCAGUUGAUGAGAAAAAGGCCGCCAAUGUCGAGGCUGGCGAAAAGCAUCGGGAUCAAUCGCAACCUCCCACUACUGAUGGCCGUUCCACUAUGUCCUCUAUUGAAAACGAAGAGGAAAGAAUGAUUAUCAAGGCCUACAAGCGUGAUUACCUUGGCUCUUUCUUCUUUAUUUGCUACAUCUUGCAAACUAUUGGCAUGCUCUGUUACUUGAUUACCGUCGUCUACGACUACUAUCACGACUAUCUCAUGUUCAAGGGUGACCAAGUGGUUCAAUCCAGUACCUUCAUUGGUCAAUGGUAUGUCAACUUUAUUUGGUUUGCUUGCUUGACCAUCUUCAAGAGCCGCAUUCCCAACUUCUUCCGCAUCCAAUGUACCUAUGCUGAGGGUCAUUACGUUCAGGUCGAAAAAAUGGAACCAGCCAUUAUUUUCCUUGAAGAUGAUGAUAUUAUCAUGGAUUCUGUUCGCUGGCUCGAAAAGACAUUCAAGCAUUUCUUUGGCCUUGAUGUUGUUGUAACCACCGCUUCAUUGGAGAAGACCCGGUCUGGCACCAAGUACUUCAUCUACCAAUGUACCCGUUAUGUCUAUCAUCCUGAAACCCAACUGUUUUCUCCUCAUGCAUUCAACUUGGGUGAUACCCCGGCUGAAUUGGCAAGCCUCAAGGAUGGUCUCAGCACUGAAGAAGCUGCCAAGCGUGAAGAACUGAUUGGUACCAACUUCAUUGAAGUGUAUGUCCCCAACUUCGCUAUGGCUGUGCUCCGCGAAUUCUCGUCCUUCUUCUACAUUUACCAAUUCAAUGCUCUUUGGCUCUUCUACUACUUCGCCUAUUGGCAAGUAGGUGUGGCCGAUACUGCUGUCAUUCUGGUCUCUGCUUUCGUCAAGGUGGUGGUGCGUUUGCGGUCCGAACUCCGUAUCAAGAAGAUGGCUGAAUUUACCGAUAAAGUCAACAUUCUUCGUGACGGUAAAUGGCAAGAAAUGUCGACCGCCGACCUUGUGCCUGGUGAUGUGUUCGAAGUUGAUGAAAGCAAGACUACCCCCUGUGAUGCCGUUAUCCUUAGUGGUAACAUUGUGGCGGAUGAAUCAUCGUUGACCGGUGAACCUUUGCCCAUCCGAAAGUUCCCUCUUCGAGAUAACGAUCAUGCUACCUAUGAUCGUAUGGGCGCUGGCAAGAUCUCCACCAUCUUCUCUGGUACUAUCAUUUCUCAGGCUCAGCCGGAUCACGGUCGUCGUGUAUGCGCUCUCGUCACCCAAACUGGUACUGCCACUGAUAAGGGUGAACUUGUCAAGAAGAUUCUGUUCCCUACUCGUGUUUCCUUUGUCUUUGACGAACAGAUCAAGAUUGUCAUUUUGGUCUUGCUUUGCUGUGGUCUUAUCUGCCUUGGUCUUGCUAUCUGGCUCUACACCAGUGGUACCAGCGCUUGGUUCUACGCCAUGUUUGCCAUUUGUCAACUGGUUUCGCCUUUGCUUCCUGCUGCCUUGGUCGUUGGUCAAUCUGUUGCCGCUGGUCGUUUGAGCAGCAAGAAGAUCUUCUGUGUUGACUUGCCCCGUAUCUUGAUGGCUGGCAAGGUUCAGCUUUUCUGUUUCGAUAAGACUGGUACUUUGACCAAGGAAGGUCUUGAAUUCUACGGUGCCCAGCCCAUCAAGAACGUGGACAACGUCGUUGAACAGCGUGCCAAUGGUGUUACUCCUGAAUUCGAUGCUCACUGCGAAAACAUUCAAGACAUUCCUCGUUUGAUGCAAAUUGCUUUGGCUACUUGUCACGCUGUCACGACCUUGAACGGUCAGUUCAUUGGUAACCCUGUCGAUAUUGAAAUGUUCCGUUCUUCCAAGUGGACGCUUCAAGAUAUCAACGAUGACAAUGAAGAAUAUGUUGACACGCUUGCUCCUCCUGUGGAUGCUCCCGGUGACAUCAAGGCUCAUGUUCACGUUUUGAAACGCUUUGAAUUUGUUCACGCCAGAAUGUCCAUGUCCGUUGCCGUUCUUGAUACACACACCAACAAGAUCCAUAUCUUUGUCAAGGGUGCUUACGAGAAGAUCAAGGAUCUUUCCACUCCCGACUCUGUUCCCGCCGACUAUGACCGCGCCACGGCUGAUCUUGCCCGCCACGGUUGCUAUGUGCUUGCCCUCGCUCAUCGUGAAAUCCAUCUUGACCAGAUUGGCGGCAUGGAAGGUUUCCGUGAAUGGACUCGCGACCAAAUGGAAGAAGAAAUUAACUUUAUCGGUUUGAUCGUGUUCAAGAACCAGUUGAAGCCUGAUACUACUGAAAACAUUGCUGAACUCAAGCGUGGUGCUACCCGUACCAUCAUGAUUACUGGUGAUACCGCUCUUACUGGUGUUUACAUUGCUCGUCAGUGUGGUAUGGCCGAAUCUGGUGCCAAGGUCUUGCUUGGUGAUGUGGACAAACGUACUGAUCGCUUGGUGUGGACCGAUGUCGAUGAACCCGAAACCUUCUCUGAUGUCAACGUUGAUGAAUAUCUGUAUAACAAGAACCAUACUCCUGUGGAACUUGCUGUUACCGGCAAGGCUUUCAACUGGUUGGUUGACCAUGAUUUGAUUCGCAAGUAUCUUUUGGACAUUCGUGUGUUCGCUCGUAUGACCCCCAAUGGCAAAGUGCAAUGUAUCCAACUUCACAUGGAACGUGGUAUUACGGCUAUGACUGGUGACGGUGGUAACGAUUGUGGUGCUCUGCGUGCUGCCCACGUGGGUAUUGCUAUGUCGGAUGCCGAAGCUUCCAUUGUGUCUCCUUUCAGUACCAGUAUCCGUAGUGUCAGCUCCUGUGUGGAGUUGAUUCGUCAAGGUAGAGCCGCUUUGGCCACCUCUUUGACCGGUUACAAGUACCUUAUCUUGUAUGGUCAAGUUAUGAUGAUGCUCAAGAUCUAUACUUUCUACUUCUCCGUGACCAUGGGUCAAAAUGUGUGGAUUGCUAUUGAUGUGUUUAUCACCGUGUUUAUGACCUGGGCUGUGUCUCAGUCAAAGGCCGCUUCCCAUCUCCAUGAUCAACGUCCUACCGCUCGCUUACUGGGUCCUCAGACUUUGGCCUCUGGUAUGGGUUUGGUUGCCAUCAACUGGCUCUUCCUUAUCGGUGCUUUUGUUAUGUUAUUCAAGCAAGACUGGUUCCGCUGCAAUGAAUUCGAUGCAUUGGCUGUCGAUUUGUCCAAGUGGUGGUUGUUGGCAGAUAACUACGAAGCUGAAGUCCUCGCUUUGGUGUGUCUCUUCCAGUUUAUCAACAACGCUGCGGUAUUCAACUUUGGUUACAAGUUCCGUCGAAGCUUCUGGCGCAACUAUCCUCUUGUGUUCUUGUGGUUGCUCUACAUUGCUAUCGUUUCUUACUGGACUUUGGCAGGCCCCAACCGUUUCGGUUGUCUCUUCCGUUUCAACUGCGGUACCAAGAGUGUUCUUGAAUCCAUGGGUUACACGCCACCUCCCACCAACAUUGAACCCUAUAACACACCACUUGGUCAUAACGUGAUGCCGUGGGACUUCCGUUGGAAGUUGUGGGGUAUCUGUGUUGCCAACAUGGCCGCUGCUUUAGGCUACGAGAAGUUCAUCGUUCUUGGUCCUAUCCAUACCUAUUUGGCCAAGAAGUUCCCUGUUGAUCGUUUGCAAGUGAAGAAAUAA